AUGACCCGACUCAUCGUGUUGAAUUUGAGAGGAAACCAAUUAGACGGUGAAAUCCCAGAUAGAUUCACAAAAGGUUGCAGUUUACAAACUCUUGACUUGAACAACAAUUUUAUGCAAGGAAGGAUACCUCGAUCACUUGCCUACUGCAAAGACUUGAGGGUAUUAGAUCUUGGAAAUAAUCAAUUGACUGACACUUUUCCUUGUCAUUUAAACAGCUUGUUUAACUUGCAAGUUCUCGUCCUUCAUUCCAACAAGCUCCAUGGAACUAUUGUUUGCCCACAGAGUCACUCAAUAUGGCCAUUGCUUCAAAUAAUGGACGUAGCUUCCAAUCACUUUGUUGGUGAGCUAAAAUCCCAAAUUCUUUUCAAGUGGAGGUUAAUGAUGGCUGGAUUAACUAAAGAGAAAUCAAAAUCUAGGUUUUUGCAAUGCUCUGGUUCAACUGGUGAUUACUACCAAAAUUCAGUCAUUGAUUUCUCCAACAAUGCUUUUCAUGGGGAGCUACCGGAAGAGUUGGGAAAUUUGAAUGCACUUGUAGUUCUCAACCUCUCUUACAACUCCUUCUUGGGGCAUAUUCCAUCAUCAUUUGGAAAUUUGAGCCAGAUUGAGUCAUUAGAUCUCUCUUGUAAUAACUUGAGUGGGAAGAUACCUUCACAGCUUGCAAGCUUGAAUUUCCUCGGCUACUUGAACCUUUCCUUCAACAGGUUGUUAGGGAAGAUCCCAACAGGCACUCAACUUCAAUCAUUCAACGCAUCGUCAUAUGAAGGCAACCAAGGACUCUAUGGUCCCCCAUUGACAACAAGAAAUCCAAUAAUGACUCCACCUACUUCUUCAGAGCGAUCAAAUUGGAGUUCAAAGAACGAACAAGAGUGGAUGUUAAGGGGUGCUGAAGUUGGGUUUUCGGUUGGGAUCACCAUCUUUGUAGGGCCUAUCCUUUACAUUAAAAGGUAUAGGGAAUGGUAUUGCAAGCAUCUUCAUAGACUGGUUAUGAAAAUUCUGCGAAGGGAAGAUGAUAGUACAAGGGAAAGGAGGAGGAGGAGGAACCAACAAAGGCAGAGACACUAG